AGCUUCACGUCCAGGCGAGAGGCUGCACCAACAAACAUGAAGACGUGUUCGAUGCUUAUUGUACUUCUGGCACUCAGCCGGACAACUCUGACCCAGGAAGGAUACACAUACGAACGGCCUAAAAACCCUUUAGUGCCUGGAGGUCCAAGCACACCGCAGGCUGGGGCCGGUGGUCCUUCAACUGGACCCUCUGGCGGUAGACCUACUCUCCCAUCUGGUCCUUCUAGCGGCGGACAAGAGGGAGGCUAUCCGUCAGGACUUCCCGGUGGACCUCAAGGUAGUUACCCAUCUGGUGGACCCUCUAACGGACGACCCGGUGGCUUUCCCUCUGGGCCCCCUGGUGGUGGUCCCCAGGCGGAUUACCCUUCUGGUGGACCUUCAGCUGGACCGCAAGGUGGUUACCCAUCUGGUGGACCCUCUACCGCCGGACGACCCGGUGGCUUUCCUUCUGGGCCCCCUGGUGGUGUCCCCCAAGGAGGUUACCCUUCUGGUGGACCUUCACCUGGACCUCAAGGUGGUUACCCAUCUGGUGGACCCUCUACCGCCGGACGACCCGGUGGCUUUCCUUCUGGGCCCCCUGGUGGUGUCCCCCAAGGAGGUUACCCUUCUGGUGGACCUUCACCUGGACCUCAAGGUGGUUACCCAUCUGGUGGACCCUCUACCGCCGGACGACCCGGUGGCUUUCCUUCUGGGCCCCUUGGUGGUGGCCCCCAGGGAGGUUUCCCUUCUGGUGGACCUUCAGCUGGACAACAAGGUGGUUACCCAUCUGGUGGACCCUCUACCGGACGACCCGGAGGCUUCCCCUCUGGGCCCCCUGGUGGUGGCCCCCAGGGAAGUUACCCUUCUGGUGGACCUUCAACUGGACCUCAAAGUGGUUAUCCAUCUGGUGGACCCUCUACCGGACGACCCGGUGGCUUCCCCUCUGGGCCCCCUGGUGGUAGCCCCCAGGGAGGUUACCCUUCUGGUGGACCUUCAACUGGACCUCAAAGUGGUUAUCCAUCUGGUGGACCCUCUACCGGACGACCCGGUGGCUUCCCCUCUGGGCCCCCUGGUGGUGGCCCCCAGGCAAAUUACCCUUCUGGUGGACCGUCACCUGGACCUCAAGGUGGCUACCCAACUGGUGGACCCUCUACCGGACGACCCGGUGGCUUCCCCUCUGGGCCCACUGGUGGUGGCCCCCAAGGAGGUUACCCUUCUGGUGGACCUCCAGCUGGACCGCAAGGUGGUUACCCAUCUGAAGGUCCCUCUACUGGAAGACCCGGUGGCUUCCCUUCUGGACCCGCUGGUGGUGGCCCCCAAGGAAGUUACCCUUCUGGUGGACCUUCAGCUGGAUCUCAAAGUGGCUAUCCAUCUGGUGGGCCGUCUAUCGGAAGACCCGUUGGAGUCCCCUAUGGCCCUCCUGAUCGUGGCCCUGCAAUUAGACCUCAAACUGGUUACCCAUCUACUGGACCCUCUACAGUACGACCCGGAGGUUUCCCGUCUGGACCUUCCGGAGGUACACCUCAAGCAGGUUAUCCAUCCGGUGGACCUUCUGUUGGACCUGAAGGAGGUUACCCCCCUGGUGGUUCUUCUACCGGACGUCCUGGUGGCUUUCCUUCUGGUCCUUUUGGUGGUGGAUCUCAAACAGAUUUCACACCUGGGGGACCGUCUGCAGGUAUACCUUCUGGAGUUUCUGGAGGAUAUCCUUCAGGACCGCCCGGCAGCGGGCCACAAACUGGUGGUCCUUCUGGCGGAUUCAUCCCUGGAUCAUUGGGUGGAACACCACCAAGUGGAUUUCCUAGUGGUGGGCCACAAGGACCAGGAGCUUUCCCGAGUGGCCCCGGAGGUCGUCCAAGUAGUUUUCCAGGCGGAACGGGUGGUCUGCCUGGUGGUGAAAGUGGCACGGGCGAAGGGACAUAUGAGGAAGGCGAUUUCUCUGCUAUUCCUGGUCAGCCUGGCGCUGAUUAUCCAGUCUUUUCUGAGGUACCUCCAACAUCUUUCCAGUGCGACCAGCAGAGAUUCCCUGGUUAUUAUGCCGAUGUGGAGACACGGUGCCAAGUUUUCCACAUCUGUGCGAACAACAAGACUUACGACUUUUUGUGUCCCAAUGGCACCGUCUUCCAUCAGCAAUAUUUCGUGUGUGUGUGGUGGGAUCAAUUUGACUGCAAUAACGCCCCUAGUCUAUACGGACUGAAUGAGUUCAUCUACGAUUAUUCAAUUGUUGGUGGAGCUCAAGUUCCUGGCGGUUUCCCUGGAGGUCCUGGUGGAAAUUUUCCUGGAGGUUUCCCUAGCACUGGAGGUCCUAGUGGUCCUGGUGGCAGACCAGGAGGUUUCUUAAAUACCGGAGGCUCAAGUGGACCUAGCGGAGCGUAUCCAGGUGCAGAUGAAGGAGGAUCCAGUGUUUCUGGAGGCUUCACAAGUGCUGGAGGCCCCAGUGGACCAAGCGGAGCAUAUCCAGGUGCAGGUCAGGGAAUACCCAGUAGUCCUGGAGGCUACCCAAGUAAUGGAGGCCCCAGUGGACCAGGCGGAGCGUAUCCAGUUGCAGGUCAGGGACUAUCCAGUGGUCCUGGAGGCUACCCAAGUGCUGGAGGCCCCAGUGGAUCAAGCGGAACAUAUCCAGGUGCAGGCCAGGGAAUACCCAGUGGUCCUGGAGGCUACCCAAGUGCUGGAGGUCCCAGUGGACCAAGCGGGGGAUAUCCAGCUGCAGGUCAGGGAGGACCAAGUAGUCCUGGAAGCUACCCAAGUGCUGGAGGUCCGAGGGCACCCAGCGGAGGUUACCCAGGUGCAGGUCAGGGAGGACCCAGUGGUCAAGGAGGAUUUCCAGGAGGUGGAGGAUCCGAAGGCCCUAGUACUUCCGGAGGUCGACCUGGAAGUCUUCCAAGUGGACCCACUGGAGGUUACCCGGGUGCAGAGAGGGGAGGACCUAGUGGUCCCGGGGGACUUCAAGCCGCUGGAGGUCCUAACGAAGGUUACCCAAGCGUAGGAGGUUCAGACGGAACUAGCGGAGGUUUUCCAGGUGCAGGCCAUCCUGGAGGUACGACUCUUGGAUUCCAAGGUUCAGGAGCGCCAUCUAGCGGAGAGUCAGCGGACACACAGCUCCCGUCAGGUGGAGGCAUUCGACCUUCUCAGCCAAACAGAGAGUAUCUGCCGCCUUAUACAGGGUAACGACUUGAUGCCUUCCGACGGAGAAGCCCUGUCAUAUUUUAUUUCAAUGUACAUAAAAGUCUAUGAUCAGUAUUCACGCCUCUUUAUUUUUGUUACAUACUUUUAUCAUGUAUCGUGUCAAACUAUAGCAGUGCCAACAUAAAAAUUUUAACCCUAUGUCAUAGCCUAGCUCAUAUGCCAGCCAACCUACGAGACCGUUCUUUAGUUUUACAGAGUUGGUAAUUAUAUUUGCUCAUAGAUGGGAUACACAAUUAGUUCCACAGCCGUUUAAGAAAAACGUAAAUAUUUUCCUCUGGUUUUGAGAGAGAAAUCCUGAUCGUCUAUGAUUAUAAAUGUAAAAUUAAAUUUACUUAUUAUUUGUACACUAUAUACACAAACAUUUUUCAAUAAAUACUACAUAAGUGCAUUAACACUGCAUGACAACAAAAUUGUUACCGAUAAUAUGUCCAGGCUAAUUAAUUAGAAGUUCAGAAAUCAAUGCGUAUGCAGUUACAAAGCCUUGCAUCGUCUCGGUGCGGCAUGUGCCUGUACACGCAAUUUCUUAUAACUUCUUUGUUUUCUACAUGCCGGUCUCUUUUUCCGUCUUCACACUCUCGCAUUUGAGGUUUUUUAUGUGGUACUUCGUACAGUUUCACAUUUGUUUUAUACGUACAGAUGUACUAGCUUUGUGCCUGUUGUAGUGUAAAUAUUUCCCUUCAAAGAGAUUAUUUUUAUUUUCAUAAUAAUCUGUACAAAUAUACAAAUCCUUCCUUUACCGGAGGACAGUG